AUGAUGGGGGAAAUGCAGCCGACGCAUUCCCUGGAUCACCGGGGAGAAACGUACGUACCUGCUUCUGAUUCUAGUAUUUCUUUGGAUGAGCCUGUCAUCCAGACAAUCAUGCGGGAUCUGAGAAGCGUAUGGGAGAAAAUGUUGUACGUGCUCAAACCGAAGUCGAUUCACGACGCAGGCGCCGGACUGAGAGACUGGGAGCUUUGGGGCCCCCUUGUCCUUUGUGUAGCGCUUUCUCUUUUACUAUACUUUUCAACGAAUGGAGGCAUCGGUGGCAGCUCGAUCGAAAUACAGAAACAACGACGGUUUGCGUUUGCCCUGGUAUACAUGUUUGUGAUUGCUGGUUCCUCGAUAGUGACACUCAACGCCCAGCUGCUUGGAUCCCGUCUCUCCUUCUUCCAAUCUGUCUGCGUCCUAGGUUAUUGCCUUUUCCCUCUAACCGUUGCAGCAGCAAUAAAUCUUUCCUUCCUCCACGCCCCUCGAGGAUAUAGGUUGGUCACAGUUAUUCCAGCAUUGGCAUGGGCGACACGAGUAGCGAGCGCCUUUAUGCGAACGCUGAUAGACGAAAAGAAGAAGCUUCUUGUUAUAUAUCCUGUCGCUCUCUUUUACGUCUCCAUUUCGGCGAUUAUCUGCGCCGUGUGA